AGGUGUGUCCGAGCUCGCGGCGGGCCAAUGGCGUGUGUGUGUGGCGGCGUCUCCAUGGUGACUGGGCUGUUCCUGGGGAGGCUGUGAUGGGUUGACAGGUGCGUGACAGUCGGAGCUCUCUGCAGGCAUGUACGGCAAAGGCAAGAGCAACAGCAGCGUCCCGUCCGACAGCCAGGCCAGGGAGAAGUUAGCACUGUAUGUAUAUGAAUAUCUGCUCCAUGUAGGAGCACAAAAAUCAGCGCAGACAUUUUUAUCAGAGAUAAGAUGGGAAAAAAAUAUCACAUUGGGCGAGCCCCCAGGAUUCUUACACUCUUGGUGGUGUGUGUUUUGGGAUCUCUACUGCGCAGCUCCAGAAAGACGUGAAACAUGUGAACACUCAAGUGAAGCUAAAGCCUUUCAUGACUAUAGCGCUGCAGCAGCUCCCAGUCCAGUGCUAGGAAACAUUCCCCCAGGAGAUGGCAUGCCAGUAGGUCCUGUACCACCGGGUUUUUUUCAGGGACCUGCAGGUUCACAGCCUUCACCCCAUGCACAGCCCCCCACUCACAACCCCAGCAAUCCCACGAUGGGACCUCAUGGUCAGCCUUUCAUGUCCCCCCGAUACCCAGGAGGCCCAAGGCCACCUUUAAGGAUACCCAAUCAGGCACUUGGAGGUGUCCCAGGAAGUCAGCCAUUAUUGCCUAGUGGAAUGGAUCCAACACGGCAACAAGGACAUCCAAAUAUGGGUGGGCCAAUGCAGAGAAUGACUCCUCCUAGAGGAAUGGUUCCCUUAGGACCUCAGUCUGACCCUUGGUUAUCAUUGCAGAACUAUGGAGGUGCAAUGAGACCCCCACUGAAUGCUUUAGGUGGCCCCGGAAUGCCUGGAAUGAAUAUGGGUCCGGGAGGUGGUAGACCUUGGCCAAACCCUACAAAUGCCAAUUCUAUACCAUACUCUUCUGCGUCACCUGGGAAUUAUGUAGGUCCACCAGGAGGCGGGGGGCCACCAGGAACACCCAUCAUGCCUAGUCCAGCAGAUUCAACCAACUCUGGAGACAAUAUGUACACUUUAAUGAAUGCAGUUCCUCCUGGACCCAACAGACCUAAUUUUCCAAUGGGACCAGGGUCUGAUGGCCCUAUGGGUGGAUUGGGUGGAAUGGAUUCACAUCAUAUGAAUGGAUCAUUAGGCUCAGGAGACAUGGACAGUAUCUCCAAAAACUCUCCCAGUAAUAUCAGCAUGAGCAAUCAGCCCGGGACCCCUCGAGAUGAUGGUGAAAUGGGUGGAAACUUUCUAAACCCUUUUCAGAGUGAGAGUUAUUCCCCCAGCAUGACAAUGAGUGUGUGAUCCAUUACCAAGUCUCUUCAUGAAGGCUGCACUGAGUUGGCCCUCUCCAGAGAGCUACUAAAGAAGAAAAAUUACUCAUCCCUGUGUACAGUUUAACAGAAACAAUCUCAGCCACAAUUGGACCCACCAUUCCCCCCACCCCAACCAUCUUUCCAGUUCUGUGAAGAAAGUGGGUCCUGAUCUGGUUUCAGCAACUGUGUGGCACAUCAGAGCUGCCCAAGACUGAACUGCAAACAGUUAUCUGUGUAUGUAUAUGUAGGGAUAGGUGUAUUAUGUAUGUGUGUGUUACAGAAACAUAGAUAUGCGCACAUACAUAUAUAGACCUGCAGGACGUUGUAAAAUAUUAUCACAUGACAUCUUAAGUAGAAAUAAGAAAUAGGGACUUUUAUUCCAUCUUUUUUCAUGUUUACAUUUUAACUAUUAAAAGAACUGCUUCCCUCUCCCCAUCUGAACUGUUCUGUGCUGUUUAUAUCACUGCUUUGUAAGUUAUUUUUUUAAGAAGAUCUCGGAUAAGUUCUGUUUUUUGUCAAUGUCUGCCAUCAUGGAUAGGAAUAAAACUGCUUUUAAGAGGG